AUGGGAUUUUUUGCUCUAGAUUACGACGUGGUUGAUUCUGGGUCGGUGUCGUCGCCGUUAUCGAAUUCCGGGACUGGAACUAUUCGACCGGUUAAUUUCUCUGAUGAAGAAGUGAUGUUAGCUUCGAGUUGUCCAAAGAAGCGAGCGGGGAGGAAGAAAUUUCGCGAGACUCGGCAUCCGGUGUACCGUGGAGUCCGCCGGAAGAACUCUGGCAAGUGGGUUUGUGAAGUGAGGGAGCCUAGUAAGAAGUCGAGGAUUUGGCUGGGCACUUUUCCAACGCCGGAGAUGGCUGCUCGUGCCCACAACGUGGCUGCCAUAGCUCUGAGAGGAAGGUCGGCUUGCCUGAACUUCGCCGACUCAGCUUGGACGCUUCCGGUUCCAGCUUCUACCGAUCCAAAGGAUAUCCAGAAGGCGGCGACGGAGGCGUUUCGAUCGACUGAGCAUUGGGAUGAAAACUCCGGAGAUAAUGCAAGGAGUAAUGAAAAGAAAGAGGGGGUGGAGAUGACGGUGUCGGAGAAUGAGUAUUAUUUGGACGAGGAGGAGGUUUUUGGAACGCAAAGCUUUCUGGCAAACAUGGCGGCGGGGAUGAUGAUGUCACCUCCUCGGUGUGGGUAUAACGGGGAUGAACAAGAAUACAAUGCCGCCGAUGAUUUCAUACCUCUUUGGAACCACUGUUGAAUAUGUUCACUUAGUGUAUAGCUAGGAAU